GUGUUUAUCCUAGUGAUGCGGACUUACGACAAACGUCAACAGUUAAUAAGAUAACCAAAAACUGUGAAAAUCAAACGUUCCGGGAACGCAUCGGAGCUUCACACUUUAGUCCUUCGCUUGAGACUCAAGGGCCACAUGGCCAGAUAGGUCUUUCACCUCUGCAAACCGUUAAACAUCCUUCCAGUAAGACAUAAUCGUUAAGCCCACGGUGUUAAAGAAACCCAGUGAGCUGUUCCCCGCAGGUCACCGCCUGCCUCCACCCUCCUCCCGCGCACUGAAGGCAAAAAACUUAGACCGGAACGAGCGAGGCCAGAGGAGACAACAACUCCCAGCAGGCGUCGCGGCAGCGGGAAGUCACGCACGCGCAACCCAGGCCACAGGAGUAAAGUCUCUCUGCCCGUCUUCUGGGAAGGGAGAAUGGCGGUGCCCUGGCUGCGGCUGGGAGCGGAAAGACUCUUUGAAAUGCCUGCAGUGCUAGAGCGACUGAGCCGCUAUAACAGCACGUCCCAAGCUUUUGCUGAGGUGCUGCGGCUGCCGAAGCAGCAGCUGAGGAAGGUGCUGUACCCGCUGCAGGAAGUAGAGCGGUUCCUCGCCCCCGACGGGAGGCAAGACCUUCACCUGCGUAUCUUUGACCCGAGCCCGGAGGACAUAGCCAGGGCGGACAACAUCUUCACGGCCACUGAACGGAACCGCAUCGACUACGUCAGCUCCGCCGUCCGUAUCGACCACGCCCCGGACCUUCCGCGGCCAGAGGUGUGUUUUAUAGGCAGAAGCAAUGUUGGAAAAUCAUCUCUAAUCAAGGCUUUAUUUUCACUGGCCCCUGAGGUUGAAGUCAGAGUCUCCAAAAAACCAGGACACACAAAGAAAAUGAAUUUUUUCAAAGUUGGAAAACAUUUUACAGUGGUGGACAUGCCAGGUUAUGGCUUUAGAGCACCUGAAGAUUUUGUUGACAUGGUAGAGACCUAUCUAAAAGAACGAAGGAACUUGAAGAGAACAUUUUUAUUAGUGGAUAGUGUUGUUGGAAUUCAAAAAACAGACAAUAUUGCCAUAGAAAUGUGUGAAGAAUUUGCAUUACCUUAUGUGAUUGUAUUAACAAAAAUUGACAAAUCUUCCAAGGGACAUCUUUUAAAACAAGUGCUUCAGAUCCAGAAAUUUGUUAACAUGAAAACUCAAGGAUGUUUUCCUCAGUUGUUUCCUGUAAGUGCUGUGACCUUUUCUGGAAUCCAUCUGUUGAGAUGCUUUAUAGCCAGUGUAACAGGAAAUCUUGACUAAUGGUUCCCGGUUUAGCUGAAGAUUCAAAAAAAAAAAAAAAAAGCUUUAUGCUAACUGGAGUUAAAUACCUAGAAGAAUUUCAACAUUGUUUUAAAUGUUGUGCAUCUGUAACUUCAGGAAGAUCACUUGAGCUUUAAAAACCUGUGCCUUCUCAAAACAAGAAUUUGUGCCUGGGGUGAAAAGUUUGUAAGUUAUUGAAUUAUGGUGUUCAUUAGAACAGCUACUAGCUGAUUCCCCUAUUUUAACAAACUGACAAGAGCACAUCCAUAAAAUGAAAACCUGUUACAACUA